AUGGAACCAUGGCACGGCCCCAUGGGGGCCCCCACGCUUGGCUGUGUCAUUGACUAUCUCUCCAAUGUAGGCGUGCUGUACGAGAAGCCUCCUCCAGACCUCCACCUAUCCAGCCACUUAGACGUACCACAAUCCCUCUUCUGGGACUCCCGAGAUCGUCGCUGCAACAUGUACGUAAGCAGAGGCAGCAUAUGCGACAUCGGGUUUCUCUCCGCCGUGAUCGACAACGGGUCCUACUUGACAAGCGGAACCACUGCCAAUGCCAAUUUUUGCCCUUCUCUCUCGAUUUCCAGGUUCCGUUUUUUGCCACCUCCACCUCCACCUCCACACGAAGCUCAUCCUCUCCCACCAAAAACAGAAACACGCCUCCAGACAACACUCCAGUCCAAUCCCCUGUUUGUCCCCCUGUUAUACGUGCAUUCUGACCUUGCAGUCUCCUGCGCUCCAGGACCCUGA